AUGCGUAAAGAGUUGGUCAGCCUCAACCUCAGUGGGGUUGAGGACCCUACAGCUAGAUGGAUCCUUCCUGGACUGCAUUUCUUGACAGACUGGUCUGCUUGCCUCCAUCUUUUUCACCUGGAAAGGGGUUCGUUUGGGAGGCAACAUUUGGUUGCAGGGAGGCAUCUCAGGAGAGUAAUUAACAGAAGUCAAAGGCAGCAACUGGAAUCUGUGAGCUACUCCUCUCGCUAUGCUCUGGGCCUUUUUUAUGAAGCUGGCACACAGAUUGAUGUCCCUUGGGCAGCACAGUACAUCUCCAGUAAUCCCUGCAUACGCUUCAUCUCCAUCGAUAAUAAGAAGCGCAAUAUAGAAUCACCAGACAUUGGGCCAUCUGUUGUUGUCCACACUAGCGUGCCCUUUGGAAUCGAACAUUUGGAGUGGAACAUAGAAAAAGUGCAGCAGUUGAUCCUAGAACACUUAAGAGGUAUUAUACCUGUUAUACCUGAACCUGAAAGUGUCAAGUGCCAGAGAUGGAGAUAUUCUCAGGUUACUAAAGCUUUCCUUGGCUGUCCAGGACAAAUAACUCUUCAUACCCAACCAUUCCUUGUGUGCGGCGGCGAUGGAUUUAUUCAUUCCAACUUUGAUGGUUGUAUAGAGUCAGCCAUCAGUAUUGUGGAGGCUUUAAAGUCCAGUUUGUAGGAUUUUCAUUGGGCUUCUUUUCCAGCAUCAGUUUAUAUCGAUGAUGAAUUAUACAAUGAUAUACUAAAACUCCGUAUACUUGACCCGCU